AUGAGGUCUGACUCAGAGAACCCAAUCACUAGCGAAGUGGACGAAGACGAGGUGUCUUCCAUUGAGGAGGUUCGCCUCACGGUACCCAACACCGACGACCCGACCCAGCCUAUAUGGACCUUCCGUAUGUGGUUCCUGGGUCUGCUCUCCUGCUCCAUCCCCCCCUUCGUCAUCCAGUCCUUUGCCUACCGUACGGAGUCUCUCAUCAUCACUCAAAUCACCGUUCAGGUUGCUACUCUCCCUAUUGGCCACUUUAUGGCCGCAGUUCUACCCAAAACUAAGUUCACUCUUCCCGGGUUCGGGUCCAAGUCCUUCUCCUUUAACCCGGGCCCGUUUAACACGAAGGAGCAUGUCCUUAUCACCAUAUUCGCCAAUGCCGGAAGCGCUUUCGGAUCCGGGUCGCCCUAUGCUGUUAGUAUCGUAACCAUUAUCAAAGUCUUUUAUCGACAAAGAAUCUCCCUUUUUCCUGCUUGGCUUCUCAUAGUUACUACACAGAUGCUAGGUUACGGGUGGGCUGGGAUACUGAGGAAGUACGUGGUUGAACCAGCCCAUAUGUGGUGGCCCAGCACCGUCUCCCAAGUCUCACUUUUCCGAGCAAUGCAUGAGACAGAUGAUGACAGAGCAAGAACAAAGUUUUUCUUUUUUGCCCUAUUGUGCAGUUUGUUGUGGUAUUCGCUCCCUGGAUACUUGUUCCAAACGCUCACAAACAUCUCAUGGGUGUGUUGGAUAUUCUCCAAGUCAGUUACAGCUCAGCAGAUAGGGUCAGGCAUGAGGGGCCUUGGAGUUGGAGCCCUCACACUUGACUGGGCUGCCGUGGCAUCGUUGAUCAGCCCUCUUAACUCACCCUUCUUUGCCAUUGUCAAUGUUUUUGUGGGCUAUGCAGCAAUAGUCUAUGUUGUGAUUCCUAUAGCAUACUGGGGACUCAAUGUCUACAAUGCCAAUAGGUUUCCCAUUUUCUCCUCACACUUGUUUACAGCCCAAGGUCAAAAGUACAACAUAUCUGCUAUUGUAGACAACCAUUUCGAGUUAAAUGUUGCAGAGUAUGAAAAGCAAGGUAGAAUUCAUCUUAGCCUGUUUUUCGUCCUCAGUUAUGGCUUUGGAUUCGCCGCCAUAGCAUCCACCCUCACACAUGUCUUCUGCUUCUAUGGAAGGGAGAUUAUGGAGCGCUAUCGUGCUUCUUCCAAAAGGAAAGAAGAUAUUCACACAAAAUUGAUGAAAAGAUACAAAGACAUACCUUCCUGGUGGUUUUAUUUGUUGCUGGUUGUGACCCUUGUUGUUUCUCUCGCACUGUGCGUCUUUGUAAACGACCAGGUUCAAAUGCCCUGGUGGGGUCUUCUCUUUGCUGGAGCCCUAGCUUUCGGAUUUACCCUCCCCAUUAGCAUAAUCACUGCCACAACAAACCAGACACCAGGGUUGAAUAUUAUCACUGAGUAUGUCUUUGGUCUCAUUUACCCGGGAAGACCAAUAGCAAAUGUAUGCUUCAAAACCUAUGGUUACAUUAGCAUGGCCCAGGCUGUCUCUUUCCUCGGUGAUUUCAAACUUGGGCACUACAUGAAAAUCCCUCCAAGAUCAAUGUUCUUAGUUCAGUUCAUAGGUACAAUGCUCGCUGGAACCAUCAACAUUGGGGUAGCAUGGUGGUUGCUGAAUUCCAUCAAGAUAUGUAAUGAUGAUCUCCUUCCGCCAGACAGUCCCUGGACAUGCCCAGUUGACCGUCUAUUCUUUGAUGCAUCAGUUAUUUGGGGUCUUGUAGGACCAAAGCGUAUGUUUGGUUCUCUAGGAAACUACAGUGCAAUGAAUUGGUUUUUCCUUGGAGGUGCAUUAGGACCCAUAAUUGUUUGGCUGUUGCACAAAGCAUUUCCAAAACAGUCAUGGAUUCCACUAAUCAACCUCCCAGUUCUCCUGGGAGCAACUGGAGCGAUGCCACCAGCAACACCAUUGAACUACAAUGCCUGGAUUUUUGUUGGAACAAUUUUCAACUUCUUUAUCUUCCGUUACAGAAAGAAAUGGUGGCAGAGAUACAACUAUGUUCUGUCUCAAGCACUUGACAGUGGGGUUGCUUUUAUGAACCUCUUCAUCAUCUUCUUAUUCGAUUUGGAAAACAAGAGCUUAAAUUGGUGGGGAAAUGAUGGUGAACAUUGCCCACUCGCAUCUUGCCCCACAGCAAAGGGCGUAAUCGUUAAAGGUUGCCCUGCAAACUAUUGA